AUGCAAAGGAGUCCAUCCUCAUAAUUGUCAAUUAAUUAACUGACAAAUUCUUUAUUAGAAUGUAUUUUAAAGGAAUAGCAUGGCAGCAUUAAAUUUGAUAUAAUAAAGAAAUUUUAGGAAAACAUCAAUAAUAGCGAAAUUCAUUAAUUUAUUUUUUAGCUCUGUUAUAUUUAUUAUGUAACAGGUAAUAAUCAUCUAGAGGAAUUUUUGAAAAAAUAUGGCUUGAUGAAUUCUUCAAAUUAUUACAGAUUAGAAUGGACUUUAAAAGCAUUGAGUGAGGAUUCCAAGUGCUUUCCCAUUCCUGAUUAUUUCGCUAAAUUCUUUACACUUAUGAAACAUGAAUAUGUAAACAAGGGAUUAACUAAUACUAACAGCAGAGAAGAUUAUUUUUAGGAUAUGUAUUUGAUUAAAGAAGCCAGAGCAAAUUACCAAGAUAGAUAAGAUCAAUUAAUUUUUAAUUUAAUAGAAUAAAGUCUGAGACUAAAAAGCAUUGAGAUUGAGGAAAGAAAAUAGUAGAUGAUAGCCUUUUUAAAAAAGAUUAAUCAAAAUAUAAAUUAUUUGUGGCAAAUAACUUCAUAAGGUGGCAUAACGAUACCAUUUAAUCAUGGAUUAAUAGAUUCUUAUUUAGUAGUCCACAUUCUUGAUGAUGAAUUUACUUGUUUCAAUACUGCAAAGAGAGUUCCUUACAAGAUAAUUGUAGAAACUAUUGAUCCAUCGGAAUUAGAACUCAUUAAGAAAGCUGUAGAAAUCUAUCAAAAUAGUAGCGAUAUUUAAGAAUUAAACCCCUUUUAUGAUAUCGAGAAGGAAAUGAAAAGCAUAGCAUAAUUGAAGAUACUCUAGCAAUAUGACAUCGAUGAAUUAAAAAAAUUGGCAUUAAAAAAAGUAGAAUUUCAUUUAAAUCCUGAGAACUAGAAAAUAAGGAGGAAGCCAAGAGACAAAGAUAUCUAUGCAUCUUCAACUAAUUGUACUUCGAUUUGGGGUGAAGAUUGGAAUGAGACUUAGUCUAGAAUUCGUAAGUCAUCUUAAUUUGGACACCUUAAAACCUAUCAAAUAAGACAGAUUAUAAUUAAAGGAGGCGAUGAUUUAAGGAAUGAGUUAUUAAUCAUGCAGAUGAUAAAGAAGAUAAAGGAGAUAUUUGAGAAACACAAACUAGACAUCUUUUUGAGACCUUACGAUAUUAUUUUAACAUCCCCAAAUAGUGGGAUAUUAGAAUUCAUUCCAAAUACUGUUUCAAUAGAUAAAAUUAAGAGAGAUUAUUAAGAUUACACUUUGAAACAGUUUUAUGAGAAUUUCUUUGAUUGCUUUAGUGAGGCUUAGACGAACUUCUUAUAAAGUCUGGCUGGCUAUUCAUUGAUAUGCUACCUAUUCCAAUUAAAGGAUAGACACAAUGGAAAUAUAUUGAUUGACAAUUAAGGACACAUUAUUCAUAUUGACUUUGGGUUCGUUUUAACUCUAACUCCAGGUAAUUUGGGAUUCGAAACUGCACCCUUUAAGUUAAUUGAAGAAUACGAAGAGCUUUUGGACGGGAAAGGCAGUUAUUUCCAUAAUUACUUCUAAACCUUAAUAUUCAAAGGUCUGAUGGCGUUGUAAUAAGAAAUUGAUGAAAUCUUGAACUUCGUUAAGAUUAUGAACUUCAGUCCGAAACAUAAUCUAUUGGUGAGUUUGGAGAAAUUUAAAAUUGAAGACUUUCGAAAGAGGUUUAUGGAGAAGUGCUCUCUAGAGUAAUUAUAUGAGAAUGUACAAAAUAUUGUAAAAGAAUCCAGUAAUUCAUGGACCACCACUCUGUAUGAUUAUUUUUAGUUUAAGACCAACACUAUAUAUUAUUGA